AUCCUAGCAUGAAUGAAUGCACUAAAAUGUACUCCGUACCAUACAGUAACUAUCUGCUGCUUAUUAUUCAGUUGUCUUAUAAAAAUCAUCGCAUGCUUAGAGAAGGUUUAUAAUCCGAGUCCUAAUCCUAAUUCUAAUCAUAGUCUAAUCAUAAUCAUAGUUUCAUUGGAGGAAUUAUACUUCGAAUGGUCGCCACCUGAGCCAACUAUACAUACUUUAUGAUCCCUCAGUCUUAAGGUGAUUAUGACUGACCCCAGCGAAAGACCGUACACGAUCCCCCUAGCCAGCUAGACAAGGAGAAGACAUAUCUCAACGACUUGAAUGGUUUAUAACACACGAUGAUCUCUGGAAUUUGCUCUUCAGUUUAAUCUAUUAUGACCUUUUUACUUGUCACCCUCUGUUGUGUCUUGGCCACUCUAGGAUCCUUUCUGUUUGGUUACGAUUCGGGGGUGAUUGGGUCAACUCUCGAACAAGAGGCCUUUCUGCAGCAUUUCCAUCACCCUUCUGAUGCAGCCACUGGGGGCAUUGUCUCUUCAUAUAAUGGAGGAGCCAUUCUGGGGUCCAUCGCGGUCCCCUACAUCUGCGACCCCUUUGGCCGCCGCCCAGUCAUGUUCGUAGGUGCUCUGCUGGCCGCUCUGGGUGCUGCUCUCCAGGCUGGAGCUACGCACAUUGCCAUGUUGAUUGUUGGCCGUUUGAUUGCUGGCUUUUCUAUUGGCUUGAUGUCGACCACCAUUCCGAUCUACUGUAGCGAGGUUUCUCCCGCACAUAUUCGUGGCUUUCUCGGUGCGAUGCAGCAGUGGAUGCUUGGGCUGGGUGUGGUCGUCGCACAAUGGGUCGGAUAUGGCUGCUCCCUGCACACAGGCGCCUUUUCCUGGCGGUUCCCUCUAGCCGUGCAAGCCGCCCCCGCCGUUAUCCUCGGCAUCGGAGUCUGGUUUCUCCCAGAGUCGCCACGAUGGCUGAUUCAAAAAGGCCACAAGGACGCCGGCAAAGCCGUCCUCAACCGCCUGCAUCUCAACCACACCCGCACCAACACCGACCUCGUCGAGUCCGAGUUCACCCAGAUCUGCGAGAGCAUCGCCUCCGACUCCCGCACCGUCGUCUCCUCCUGGCGCCAGCUGCUCUUCUCCUCGCCCACCUGGCGCCACCGCGUACUGCUCGCCUGCGGCAUCCAGGCCUUCACCCAGUGCUCCGGCAUAAACGUCAUCCAGGUCUACAGCCCACGCAUCUACCGCUCGCUCAGCCUCCCCACCUCCACCACCCUCAUGAUCACCGGCGUCUGGGGCGCCCUCGCCCAGUUCUGGAACACCGUCUUCCUGCUCUUCAUCGACCGCGUCGGCCGCCGCAAGCUGCUCAUCCCCUCCCUGCUCGGCAUGGGCGCCGCCCUCUGCGUCGAAGCCACCCUCGCCCGCUACUACGGCAACUUCGCCCCGGACGCGGACUCCUCGGUCCCUUCCUCUCCUGCAGCCCUCCGCGCCGCCAUCGCCAUGUUCUUCGUCUUCUCGCUCUUUUUCACCUCGCUCGGCCUCAUCUCCUGGCUGUACCCCGCCGAGAUCUUCCCCACCGCCAUCCGCGCCCGCGGCUCGUCCAUCGCGACCGCCACGAACUGGAGCCUCAAUCUCGUUUUUGCGCAGUGCUCGCCCAUUGCGCUGACCACGCUGCAGUACAAGUACUUUUACUGCUUUGUUGCGUUCAACUGGGCUGCGGCGGUGAUUGUCUGGGCGUUUUACCCGGAGACCGCGGGCAAGUCCCUCGAGGAGGUGGGCGAGGUGUUUACUACCGGUACGCCGGCUCGGCGGCGUCGCAGGGCCCGGUCGUGUGGGUUGGACAUGCGGGAGGAUGUCAAGGCGGGUGUUACGUUGCAGGUUACACAGGGGAAAGAGUUUACAACCGGGAUAUAAAUAUGCAGUGUAGUGUUUUGAAGAUAAAAUUGUAACUGAAUAGAGAGAAAUAUAUUUAGACAUCAC